AUGUCCAUCUUCUCAGGAAUUCGCAAGAGCCGUCAGCAGGCCAAGGAGCACAAUGCCAAGCUCGCAGAACAAAAAAAGCAGGAAGAGGAGAAGAUACCCUACAAGCAUGUACCGACACACGCCGCCACAGACGCCUUCGCCAGCGCGCCGCCGAGUUGGCGGGAGGCGGACCGCCCUCGUAUUGUCGAACAAAACCGGAGGAGGAGCGCAAUGGCAGCCAGUGGCCACCACAUGAAUAUGCCUGGCGUUCCUCGCGUCGGCAGCAGUCUGUCUCACGUUUCCUAUCCGGGACAAGGGGUCACCCCAACCGUUCGUCUACCUCGGGCCUACAGCUACAACGGAGUGUCGCCUUAUGCAAUGCAUGGUCGAGAGGUCGUAUACUCAGUUCAGGACGGUUCGUACUCUCAGCCGCAGUUGAAGGGCAAGGAAAGCAUCAGGGGGGUUGGCUACGACCAGCAACGCAUAAGCCCAACCCCUAGCAAAGGAGACGACCCCUCACCAGUAGAGAGCUCGGCGGGGUCCACCAGCUCUCAGGACGACCUCGAAAUGCGUUCAGCCCGGCCUGCCGCGACGAGACCGACGGAAGUAGUGACGCACCGAUUGCACCCCGCUCACAAGCGACGUACAUCAGACGCCUCGGUCGAGAGGCUGGCCUUGACGAACUCGGCAAAGGGCAUUGGCUUCUCUCACUACGGCCGAGACUCGCGUCCACCACCAUCAAUGAGAGGAUUUGCCUCUAUCAACCAAGUCGCCGCCCCUCUUCCUGCGCCUGUGGCUGUUGCCCCUACAGUCAUGGCUCAGACACAACCGCUCAACCUUCAAGUACCCGCAGCUGGGUCGUCAGCAUCUAGCACUGAUCAGACGUCGCGUCAAUCUUCCACCACUUCCCUUCCAGGCCUCACACCUGCGUCGUCGAGGCCGGCCCUGUCAGUUCCUACAACUCCCGCAGUUACAACCGCCACACAGAGCGAGUAUUCGUUGAGUUGGAGCCAAAGCGCUGAACCAGACUUCACAAGUGCUGCGGAGCACGCCAGUGAGGCCCCUACAGCUCCUCAGACGAGAAGCAAGGAGAGGAGGCCGGCUAGGACAGCUCGCUUCUCGGAGUUGGAGCGUAUCGAUUCGAUGGGGUCAGAGACGAUGCAGGGGAGAAGCUCAGCCCCGAUUCCACCUCCAGUCGCACACGAGGACAUCAUCAACAUAUUUCCCGAGCCGGCGUCAAUGCCUGAGCCUGUCACCUCAUCGAGCAACAAAAGCAAGAGAUUGUCGAAGAGCGGCGGCAAGCUGCUGAAAAAGUCACGCUGGUACAGCUCUAAGCCUUCGGCAGUUGCCGUCUAA